AUGGAUGAACGACCCUUCAGCAAUGCAGCUGUCUUCAGCCCUUCGCAAAAGCGCUAUGCUGAGGAGAUACCGGGAACCAACCGCCCAAAGCGCGCAAAAUACGCCUCUGCCGCGUGCACUGAGUGCAAGAGAUGUAAAGUCAAAUGCAUAGAACUUGAUGAUGACGUACGUUGCCAGCGUUGCGCAACCAUGCACAUUCCCUGCGUUGUUGUUCAGACUGCCAUGCAGGCGACGAAAGAUAAAAAGAAGGAGAAGCAAAGGCUGAUUGAGCACAGCCAUUAUAGGCAGUUGAGCGACGACGUCGCGUCACUGCGUCGGGAGCUGACGGCGCUGACGGCAACCGUAAAUUCUCUCGCAGAGAGGGUUCCAGCUCAAUCGUCUGUCGCCGACUGCCGUACUCCGUGUGCGCAUCCUACAUGCCGAGUCUACAAUAGUACUAUUUCCCUCCGGAGCGGACAGCCAAGGGAGCCGCAAUUCGUCGGGCCAACACGGUCUGCCUUCAGCUUUAAUAUUGCCGAGACGGCGCUCACUCGUAUGGGUAUCUUAACAGAUCAACAUAUGCCCACAGCCCAGUCGUCAAAUGCUUCCUCACGAGAGCCAACUCCAGAACCAUCGCCAGAGGUUCCCGCGGCAACUUUUUGCUCGGAACCUGACUACCUGCUCAGCUUUUCUGAUGUUGAAAUUGCGCGACUCAUCGGCGUUUACCAAGAGGAAGUUGUCUGUUGCCACCCGAUCAUUGAUACCGAGUUACUAGUGCUCAACUUUCCACAUAUAUUAGAGUUGGCCAGACAUCCUGAUCGCCUGGAGGUCAUCUCACCGAAUCUUGAAACCAAAGACAUACACAUGCUUAGAAUAGUUAUAGCAACAGCGAUCACCACUGAGCCUCAGGGGAAGGGCGAGCUCUGCGACAAAUUGAUCGCCGCUGUGGAACAAGAUGUUGGGAGCAUUUCGAGUACUUUUGAAGUCGAACUGAAAGAUAUACAAAUCAUGGCCAUGCUAAGCAUCUACUUCUGCCAUAUCGAAGAAGAGCUGUUCGCUUGGCGUGCUAUUGGCCGAGCUGCUCGCCAGUGCUUGGAGAUGGGCCUCCACCGCAAGCAAAGCCUAUCCAAUCACUUCAAAGACGCAGACGCUCACGAUUUCGCCGUUCAGGUCUUCUGGGUAGUGUACGAGCUCGAUCGUCGAUGGAGCUUCGGCACCAGCCUUUCCUUUGCACUCGAUGAUCGCGACAUCGAUCCGAAAUUGCCCCAACCCGACGGCGAGCAUUCGUAUCUCAAGUACAUGGUCAGUUACGCAAGACUUUGCUCUAGGGUAUGGGAAGCGUUGCCGCCAUAUGGUUCCUCGUCACAAUGGAUACCGAAAGAAAAGGAGGACUACUUGGAAUUUGUCACUCAGGAGUGGCUUCUGUCGAUUCCGAAAGAAUUACAAUUCCGGCAUCCCCGCGUAGGGAUCGCGCCGAGGAAUCAGCCUCGGAAACUGCACCGUCUCCGGACUUUGUGUUAUCUCCGCGGCAAUUAUAUGCGCCUCCUUAUCCAUCGACACCAUGUGCUGAAUCCCGAAAACAUUAAGGCGGAUAUGCAAAGUGCGCGUCUAGUCGUUGAUAUUGCCAAAGAUAGUAUCGAGGUGUUGGUUCACUUGAACGGAACGAGCGAUAUAUACGUUCGCCAACAAGCUAUAUAUCAUUUCUAUCUGCUGAGCGGUCUUGCUAUCAUGCUUCUCGCUGUUUGCCACGCCCCAAACAUGUUUGCAGAGACAUGUAAAGACCCUUUUGUGUCCGCCGUGGAGCUUGUCAAAGGCUUCUCCCGCCACAGCUCCGCUAGUCGCAAGCUGUGGAAGAGCAUUCGUGGUCUUUUGCCUGUCGUUAGGUCACUUGGCGGUCAAGGAGAUGCAGCUAUUGCGAAGAAUACCACUGGUAUAAAUGAGACCGCUGCUCGAAGCUCUGAGUCGUGGGAGCACGACCAACCGCAAAAUGGGGCCACCGGAGAGACCAUUUGCGGGCCGCACAGCCUUUGGACGGACAACAACCCAACCUUCAAUGGAGACCUUGGCACUUCAAUACCCGACGUCUUUGACUUGAGCAACAACCUCAUGGACCUAUACAAUGCUUUCGGCGCAACCGGUACGGCUCAGCCGAUGCAGCCAGAAGCUGGAGUGGGCAACUUAAGUGGACAAGGUCCUUCCGGGUGGGAGAUGGAUGAGAUUUCGCGGCACUUCCAGGGCCUCAUUUGA